CGUGACGUGCCACGACGUGGACACGCCCACAGAGAUCUGCAGUCACGUGAAGCCUUUAAACUGGCGCCAUUUUCUGUGCGAGCUCCUAUUCUGCUGCAGUCGGCGUCGCGUCCUGCACUCUUUUCAGUGUUCGAGACAACCUGAGCACGUGAUUCAACAUGUCUGACGAGGGAAAGCUCUUCAUUGGUGGUCUGAGCUAUGAUACCACAGAGCAGUCCUUAGAGGAGGCUUUCUCCAAAUACGGAUCAAUUGCCAAAGUUGAUGUAAUCCGGGACCGCGAGACAGACCGGUCUAGAGGCUUUGGCUUUGUGACAUUUGAAAAUCCAGAGGAUGCAAAGGAUGCUAUGGCUGCAAUGAAUGGAAAGUCUGUUGAUGGCCGCAUGAUUCGUGUUGAUGAAGCUGGCAAAUCUGGUAGACGGUCCGGUGGUUUCAGAGGAGGUUCUGGAGGCGGCAGGGGGUUCUUCAGGGGAGGCAGAGGUAGAGGUGGUGGAGGAUAUGGUGGAGACCGCAGCUAUGGGGGUGACAGAAGCUUUGGUGGUGACCGGGGCUACGGCGGAGGUGACCGAUCAUAUGGGGGUGGAGAUAGAGGCUAUGGUGGAGGAGAGAGAAGCUAUGGUGGAGGUGACCGGUCCUAUGGUGGUGGUGGCGGCGGCGGAUACUCCAACAGGAGUGGCGGAUACUCCGGUGGCAGCGGCGGUGGAUACAGGGAUAACAGGUUUUAGAAGCCAGGGUGGAUAUGACCGUUCUGGUGGAUCCUACAGAGACAGUUACGACAGCUAUGCUUCACACGAGUAAAAAAAAAUCCUGAUUGCAAGAUCAUCCCUUCGCUGGCUGUAUAUAAAAAGAUGCGCUCUUGGAAGACCUUUUUUUUGUUUUACUUUUCUUUACGUUUUGUGUUCUGAUUCAAAUGUUCUAUUAAAGACACUCCUUUUUUACCGUGUCAAGUAUCCGCAGGAUGUUCCUCUCAUUGAGGAGCUGCCUAAAAUCCAUGAGCAUUCACUUACUGUACGAGUUUCAAGCCCUGUGAGGCUACCUGUAUCUGCCAUUUUUACCUUGCGAUUUGUGUUAUAGAUGCUCACGGAGGUUUGAAAUUGUCCUUUGUUUUCCUUUUUAGUGUGUGUUUAAGAAAUGUCUCUGAAACCAUGCGUAAAAAUUGACCUGUCCAACACAGCCUGAUAGCUUCUAAAAACCAAUUUCCUCAAAGAUCUUUGGACCAAUUUCUUAAUAUCGGCUCACUUAAAGUGCUUAGAGGAGCAUUUGCAUUUAAACAAUUUUAAAACGGAACCUUGAAAAUAUUCUAAUCUGAUCCUCCAAUAGAAGCUUGAUAAGCUGUGAUGUGUUCUUUAUUGCUCCUUGCCACCUUCAUUUUGUGAUGCAUUCCUUUAGUGAAGCAAGGUAGGCAUUUUGCAUUGGAGUUGUCUCCAGCAAACCUCCUUGAUAUUGCUAAAGAUUUGUAAAUAUUCAUUAUCCAAAGAGUAAACCACUGGGUCAUUCCGCCUCUCGUUAGGACCGGUGCCCCAAGGUGCUUUAUUCUUUGACCAGUCUAAAUUUUAUUUUUUAAAAGUAUGCUCUACUGUGGACUGAACUUAUCCUCUUAAAUGUCAAGAUUUUGUUCCUCCUUGGAAAGAAAUGUGCUCUGUUCUGUAUAUCAACACCUCAGAAUCUUUUUUUUCUUUUUGUAUUAAUCUGGCUUCAUGAAGCUCAUUAAAAAAUGGUUGGAAAAUG